GGCAGCUCUCGCGGCGCAAAGGCCUCGAAGGCAUCCAAGGGGUUCAUGGGCAGCCCUUAGCACGAUGCCAUGAACCUAUUAUACUUGUUACUGCUGCCGCGCGCCGCGGCGAACGGCAUUAAACAUGCCAAAUACCAGGCGGACAAUUUGCUCCAAGACGGCACGUACCUCGACGCCGAGCGCCAGCAGGCGUUAAUGCGGAAAAACCAGCGAAAGAAAUAUCCGGUGCAGCUGCCCGGCUGCGUCACGGUGGGCAGCGACCGCCACUGCCGCAAGGAGGUGAAGGCGCCGGCCGCGCCGGCCAAGUCGAAACGAGCAGACGCAGCUGCGGAGGCAGCAUCGCGUCGAUGGCGCGGGGCGCAACACCUCACGCCCACGAAGCAGAAGCACGACCUCAACGCGACGCUUGUGUUUACGAAGGACGGGAAUUGUGGAGCGCCGCAGCGUUUCAACAAAACACUCACGAGCAAGCUCUACUUCUUCGCCUACGUGACGAGCCGCAAUCCCGAGUUGCUGAAACACUUCCUGGCCUUCUACGCGGCGCGGGGCAUCCGCUUCAAGGAGCCCGGCCGCUCUCUCAUUAUCGUGUCGCCUUCACUGAAGGACGUGAAGCCCAUCCUCGAUGAAGUCGUACACCCCGAUAAUUUGAGAGAAGCAUCUACGUACACGUCAGAUUUAAAAAGAGAGGCGGUCAACGCUUACCUGAAGACGCUGCCGAAGAACAAGUACCUCAUGUAUCCCGACCUCGACGAGUUCUUCGACGUUCCAACACCACUUAUUGAUGCGGCCCUCGUGACGGGCGACGGCUUCGUGCUCGGCUCCAUGGUCGACCGCAUCGCCGAGACCUGGCGCUUGAACUCUAUUACUAAUGAGCCUUUAUGGCGCCAGUUCCCGCGGCGCUGCCUCGCGACUUUAGAAAUGCUCAAGGGCCAGCCGCGGAAGUGGAUCCUCGUGCCGACUUCGUUCAUGGGGAAAUCAACUCAGUACGCGUCGUCGCACUACGUCGAGGGCGAGGAGGCCCUCCCGCGGGGUCUGAAAGCCUACGGCUUCUCGCACUACCGCUUCGGGGCCAAGUCUCUUGAUUUAACUAAGGCGAAGCUCGGGCUCUACGAACAGAACAACGCGGGCUCGGCCAAGGUCUACAACUUCAUGCUGCGCUGGCUCGACAAGGCCGACGACCACUUAUUGUCGAAGCGGUUCCGGCGCUUCGUGACGUGCCUGGAGCCGUGCGCGUCGCCCGCGGUCUCUAGAUAAUGUG